UUUAAGUACAGCUUCCGUCUGAAAUUCUGUAUUUUGUAUUUCUCACCUCAACUCUCCAGCCUUUGUUUUCUUAUACCUUGCAUCUUAUAUCACCUAUCUCGUGUCUUACUAAAACCAGCGCCAUGUCACUGAUUUAAUAUCUUUGUUACAAGUUUCUAACCUUCAACACCUGAUGUUUUGUGAGGGAAUCCAAGUAUUUAUUUAUUGCUCGUAAUCUUCUGACAUUUUGAGUGGUUAUACUUAACUGUCGUGUCGGUAUGCUUGCUCGCGUCAGGGGGAGAUGGGGAAGCAUGUUUACUUGGUUACAUUUAUUUACCGGAUAUUCUCUGACGUCACAUGUUGACCUGUCCGUCUUGUCCACUUUAAUAACAGAAUGCUUUUUAUUAUUAUUAUUUUUUUUUGAUAGGUUCUCCGUCUCUGUCCUCCUCGUCAGCUCCUUUUUCGUUUUUUUUUUUCCUACCACUGCCUCAGCACCCACUAUCGAUACCUUUCAUCGUUUUUUUCCUUCUUUCUUUCUUUACUUACUACACCACGAGGUCUUUCUUUUCUUUCUCCCUUGUCUCUCUAGCAUACAUGAGCAUACACACAACACUCUCUCUCUCUCAUUCCUUUUUUUUUUCUAUUACACACUCACAAUCUCUCUCUCUCCCUCUGUCAUCCAUCUUUCUAUUUAUCGGCUGCUAUCGUCAACAAAUGAGUUUAGUAGAUUCCCCAUAACUACAAUGAAUGCAUCACUCAUGCAGCUCGCAGUCUGUCAUCACGGUUUAAUUUUGUCGGCGAUGCGCUCGGUUAUCUGCCCUUCCUUUGUCAAGCGCUUCGUCUCCACAAUUGAUCCUCCAUCGGUGCCGGGGAGGAGGGCGAAACCAGCGAAUCGUUUGAUCCACAUGUUUGGUGAUAAUCCAAAUGACAUCGAUUCAGUCGCUGAUAUUUGACUAAAUCUUUGUGAGCCGCAAUGCCAGUGGCGAGCGUUGGAUUUGAACAGCGCCACGUCACACAGCAGGAUGCGCGCGCAUCUCACAGGGGAGGUUGGGUGCUUUUAUUUAUUUAUGUUUUUUUUUUUAAGGUCGCUAUCUGUUCUGGAAGGAUUUCAAGUUUCGUGCUUGUCAUUUUUUUUUUUUUUUUUUUACAAUCCUACUUUGCGUGCGUCCAUUAUUUUGAUGAUGUUAUUUAUAUCAAAACGAAGGGAGGCUCUCAGAAUAAAAGUCGCAGCUGUCGUCUCUGUCGGAGUUACAUCCAUAGUCGCAAAGUGUCAGCACGUGCAGUCCGGUGUUCCUGCUGCGUAGCCAGGCUGCCACCCGCUGUUACCAUGGAGCCCGCACGGAGGGCGCGGUGACAGACACACAGACGUGUAGUUUGUACGGGUAGCGUUCUUACUUCCGAACGUAAGCCACACGGGUAGACAGACCACCGGAGUAGGUUCUAUCACAGCCUCCACAGCAACAGAAAUGUCGGCGAGAGCGUGUGAGUGAACAGAAGUGUCAGUGCCAGAGUUGGAGUUAAAAGAAAACUAACUGUGCGUCCAAUCUGGUAAGUGAUUGUUUGUAUUUGACUAUUAUCUAUUGUACAUAUAUAUGUGUGUGUAUUUUUUCUUGUUCUCUCUUUGUGUGUCUGUUAAUAUAAUCUAAUUCUAGGUGAGUAAUUAUCAGCCAUCUGUCAUGACACAAAGCAUUAUAGUAACUAUAGCUCAUUUCAAGUGUAUUAGGAGUUACGCUGUACUUUGCCUUUUUAUAAAACAUUUCUGAUACUCUUUUUUUCCCUUUCUCUUUCUCGUUUUCCUCUUUAUCUUUCUCUCUUUCUCCCCUUUUUCCUCUCUGUGGUUCCUUUUCUUCUGCAAGCUCGGUCGACGAUUUCCUACAAGCAUUCAACUUGUAAUCACUUUGUGUCCUAGGUACUUUAAAAUCACAUUUUCCCCCAUUAGGUGCAAUCUGUGAUCACCAUUUUGUGGUGGUGUUUAGGCGUAGGGAGCUCACUGCCUAGUGUAAACAUGAUGAUGAUGAUGAUGAUGAUGAUGAUGAUGAUGAUGAUGAUGACCUCAAUGCCUAAAACAUAAAGAAAGCUUGAUAUCUUGUGCCCAGGGAACCCAGACACUGAAAUAUCCGACGGUUGCAGGCUCUAUAAAAAGGUAAUUUCUGACUGUGCAACAGCAGCAGAUAAAAUGGCCGCCCACAUCGUAGGGAUGCAGCAUCAUGCAGAAGUCGGGCCGGCAAAAGCUUGAGGAGGACAUCAGAUGAAGCUUGCGAGUGACUUCUAGCAGAAGGGAGAUAUCUUCAUCAGCCCGCUGCUGCAAAAUCUUCUCAUUGAAGACGACCCAAACAUGAGAAUCUCUCUUGCGUACCUCUACGUAGUGUACAGCAUCACUGGGUUGUCUUCCUUACCGGAAGCGGAAGCAUCAGAUCCGGUGAGAGUGCGUGGGGUCGGCGCCAGCUUCCCGAACGACGUCUACCAGACGUGGAUCCCUUCUUACAAGGCUUCCAGACAACAUGUUGUGGAGCUGGACAUGUCCUACAGCGCCGACGGCAGUGGCGAGGGCAUCAAACAGAUCCUAGAGAACAACCGGAACAUCGAGUACGCAGGCUCCGACUUUCCCUUGACUGACGAGGAAAUGGCCAGAAGCCCGGAUCUGGUCAUGAUGCCAACGAUGGCAGGGGGCACAGUACUCGCCUAUAAUCUACGAGAAUGUAGCAGCAGUGACAGCCUCAACCUCACCAGACACCACGUCGUCGGUAUUUAUAACGGCACUUACAGGUACUGGAACGAAAGUACGAUGCAAGCCAUCAACCCCAACUGCAAGCUGCCCAGUCAUGAAAUUCUUGUCAUCGCCCGCAGCGACGAUUCUGGAACCACCAGCAUGUUCACCGAGGCGCUCAGUUCCUUUAGCUACGAGUGGAAUGUCACCUUCGGCGUGUUUUCUGCCGGCGUCAACAGGACCACCGACAGCCCCCAGGUGUGGGACAGCAGCAUCAUCCACAUGCUGGCAGACGGCAACUUUGGGAUGCUGGGACUAGUCAAGUCUGUGCGCUAUUCCAUCGGCUACAUGUCGACCAGCACGGCCAGAGACCACUCACUCUCCUUCGCCUACAUCCAGAACCAACACGGCGAGUUCACCCAGCCGACCAAGGAGUCUGUACAGGCCGCCAUGGACUCUUGGGCCACAGACUCGAACCUAACUCGGCGACUAGCAGAUGGACACCUGCCAGGAGCCUACCCCAUCGCCAGCUACAGCUACCUCAUCAUGUACCGGACAAAGAUGACGCAAUGUGAUUCAGCCAAAGAGCUUGUACGUGCUGUGGUUCUGACGACUCCGUCCGCCCAGCGCGACUGCGAGGCCAAGGAGAUGGUGCCGCUGUCGGACAAAGUGGCUCAGCGGGUGCAGCAGGAGGUGCUGCAGACGGUGCGCUGCCAGGGCCGCAGCACGUGGAACGAGAUGCAGGCCGACAUGGAGGCGGAGAACGCCGCCAAGAAAACCUGGAUCCUCCCAGUCGCCAUCUCCCUCCCCAUCUUCGCCGCCAUCGUGCUGACCCUCCUGGGCUACAUCGCGUGGCAGAGGUACAAGCUCGUCAGAACGACGAAUGGGACAUUCCCAUCGAGGAGAUCGUCUUCUACGAGGACAGACAGGGCACGUCCAGCGGCAAGUCCCAGAUGCACAGCUUUCAGGUCCCUCAAGAGUUUUGUCUCCAUCAACGAAAUCGAGGACGGAGACGAGCUGCUGCUGCAGAUCCUCCAGUGGCCCGGCAAGUGGAAGGCCCACCAGGUGGGCGUGCGGCUGCUGGAGGUGAGUGAGCUGCGCUCGGUCAACCGCGAGCUGAAGAAGUGCAUGCUGUGGCUGCGCGACACCGUGCUGCACCCCAACGUCGUGCGCUUCUACGGCCUGACGGAGGUGGAGCUGGACCGCUACGUCAUCGGCGAGUACUGCGCCAAGGGCUCCAUGGUGGACAUCCUGCACAGCGAUAAGUACAACUUCAACAACGACUUCAAGUUGUCGCUGUCGACGGACAUCGCCAGUGGCAUGGCCUUCCUGCACGCUAGCGGCGUGGUGCACGGGCUGCUGUGCUCGGCCUGCUGCAUGAUCGACGCGCGCUGGACGGUCAAGGUUGGUGACUGGGAGUUCGUCAAGAUGCUGACGGCCGCGGUGCCCACCAAGCGCACGCUGCAACUGCUGCGCAGCAAGGACGACGACAACCACGCCAAUCCCCUCCGCGACUUCUGGGUGGCGCCGGAACUGCUGCGUGCGGACUUCAUGACGGACCCGACCUUCGCAUCCGACGUGUACAGCUUCAGCAUCAUCCUACAGGAGGUCUACACGCGCGAGGACCCGUAUGCAGAGCUGGCCGACACCAUGACCUCAGAGGAGGUCAUCCGUGCCGUGUGCUUCAACCACCUCCGCCCCGCGCCUACUGAUGACACCCCCGUCCGUGUCCGGCAGAUCAUGGAGAUCGCGUGGACAGAAAACCCCGCCGCCAGACCCAACUUCGACCAGAUCGUCAAGAUGCUGCGCCAGAGCCGCUCCACCCGCAAGUCGGUGCUGGACAGCAUGAUGGAAGCCAUGGAGGAGUACACCCUUCACCUGGAAGAGCGGGUGGCCGAGCGGUCAGCGGAGGCGGGGGUAGCCAAGCACAACCUGGAGACCCUCCUCGCCGACCUCGUACCCCGCCACCUGGUGUCACGCUUGGCCUCUGGCGGAAGCCUGCAGCCUCAGACCUUACUCCAGCCUGGGCAUCGUGGUGACCGAGAUCGUGGGCCUGUCUUCCGCUCUCGCGCAUGCGCCUCCAAAGGAUGUCCUCGCGGUUCUCCACGACGUGUGCCGCUACCUGGAGGCCGUCGUCAAGAAGCGCGGCGCCUUUCAGACUGUCAUAAGAUCUGAUCUCCACGCCGCGCUGCUAGGUCUGGAAGGGGAGAUUACUUUCAUGGACCAGCGCUGCGCUGGAGUGGCCGGCCUUGCCUUUGAAAUGGUGGAUGCUGCCUUUAAGGCCAAACCUGUGCGUUCCGAACCGCCGAGACCAUCCUCAGUGUUCGAGUUGGGGCACACGUUGGGCAGGUGGUGACAGGGAUGAUAGGGGGCACUUCCCCAAGUUCGUGUUCCUUGGAGAAGGCGUGGAGGUCGCCAAGGCAUUGGUCACGUGCUCGGAACCUGGCAGGGUCAGAGUGUCCAAAAAUGUCUUCUCGCACCUCGAAAGAAUCUAGAUUUUGUGUCUGAGGAGGCCGGCUGGGUCAUCUGCGCGGGAAUGGAAAUUGAAUCCUACUGGUUAAAACCUCGUGUCGCCAAAACUGCCAUUUCAGCUCCUUCGGACCAUUCUACAGACUCAGGAGUUAGUCUCGAAAAUUCUCGUCCUGAUUCUCGUGGCUCUGAGAAUGGUGACGCAGAUCCAACGUUUGCGAUCUUCACAGAGGAAAGUGAAUCUGUAACUUUGCAGCAGACAAGUCGGUGGGCUUCACGCGAGCGGCACGCAUCCCAUAAUAGUCAAACCAAGAUGUCCGACCACCAGUGGCUCCUACUCAUCAGCGACAGCAGCGACUCCUUAGUGACAUUAGAGAGGAAGAAGAAGCCCACCAACCCUCGGUCUCUUCCUCCCACGAGCUACAAAGUCUCGAAACGUGGAACAGGUGAGAAAGAAAUGUUCUUCAACAUUAGACCACAGUCCUGUGUUGUUUACACAGCAAAAUCAGCAACGGCAACGAGAAAACAACGAAACGCCACAACAACAACUUGAGUACAACGAAACGCAACAACAAGCAACAAGCCAGCAACAUGUAAUCGACCUUAGUCCUCGUUACAAGCAACCUCAUGAGGGACAGCACCUUCAACCUUCAGCCAUGGUGUCCAAAGAAAACUUCCAGACACAACCAGCCUCGUACCAGUCUUCGUCUGAGCACGAUCAACAGGAGCCCAGAGCCGUGGCCUCCCAGGACAUAUCCUGCCCGAUUCACAUUCUCCUAACUCCGAUUACCCCGUGGAUCACGAUUCGAAGGUUGUGCAGGAGUAUCAGUUUACUUAUCUGCGGUCCAGCCAAGACUCAACACCGACUCAGUUUUCUGGCCAAUCCCAGCAUUCAGCACGAGCUUUUUCUCUUCCACUUUCCUCUCUUCCUCCUCCUGCUCCUUCUCCCUCCUCUGCAGCGUCUCUGGACAACGAUCUUCGCCCAAACAGGUCGAACGAGAAUAGCUCCCUACAUCUCUUGAACUCUCACCAGCAUGAGAUCUCGUUUGGUCAGUCAUCGCAGCUUCCUGACGGCUCCCCUCCACCAGAAGGGAGGCGACUUCCAGCCAUGAUCGAAGUGUAGACGCCAUUUCCCCGCCUCACCAGCUUCGUCACAUCUCCACUCCCCCGUGUGCUGCGCCGCCAUCUUUCCCGACGCCGAUCACGCCGUUCGAAACUUUGUCGCCACUGGCAACCAGCGAAGAAGAAUCCAGUCUCUCUAACAGCACUCCAUGUACUUCUCAUAAUUCUGAUGCUUCUGUUGUAAACUCUUCUCCGAGUGUUAAGAGUGUCAAGAAAGUUUCCACUCCUGCAACUGCAAAAGCUACAGUCCGCGGUCUACGGUCGACGGGGACAACGAAUAGGAAAAGAAUAAAUAAGAUUUAUCCCAGAUAAUGAGGCUAGCUAAGGAUGAAUAAUCAUGGUAAGGAUAUCACGUGACUGAGGUCAGGUUCAUCUCACGUUGCUAAUUUAAUGGCAGAUGGCUGGCGCCACGAAGUGCAGUGUUAAUGGACUGCUGACCAGCAAAUCCAAGUGCAGUUGCCAGAGAGACCAGCCACAUCCGUUUAAUUCAGCCACGUGACGGCUGUUUAAACCCGCCCGCGCUCACAAACAACUUUCACGUGGGGUGUACAUAACCGUCGUGUUUUUUUU